CAUCCAUAUUAUUUGCCGUGCUCUUGAAUGUUUCCUGUUUGUAUUUGCGGACCAGCCUCUUUAAAUUUGCGAUGCCGUCUAAAGUUCCCGGUCAUUGUGCGUUUGGGCUUUGACACAAAUGGCUGGAGUAAUUCUCAGGAGAUGUGUGAGCAGGACUUUACUGUCGGCGUCUGGUGCAAAAGGCAUCAGAAUCAGAGGGACAAACCGGUACCACUGGACAACGUUAAGAGCUGUCACCGCUCUGACUACUGGAGGAGCUGCAUUCCUCCUGGGGUUCCCCACACUAUCCUGUCUGGGUCAUGCAGCUUACCUCAGAGUGCAGAGUUCAGCUGUGGUCCACGCUUUAGAAAAAGAGGAGGUUUUGGAGCAGGCUGACUACCUGUACAGCUGUGCUGAGACAGAGAAGCUUUACCAGCUGCUGCUGCAGUACAAGGACAGUGAUGAUGCAGAGUUCCUGUGGAGGCUGGCCCGGGCGUCUCGUGGCCUGUCCGAACUGCCCAACAUGGAGGACGGACGGAAAAAGCAGCUGGUGUUCGAGGGCUUUGAAUAUGCAAAGAAGGCCCUGGAGAAGGAUGAGAAGUGUUUCGCAGCACACAAAUGGUAUGCAGUAUGUCUCAGUGAUGUCGGGGAAUAUGAGGGGGUCAAGGUGAAAAUUGGAAAUUCAUACAUCAUCAGGGAACAUUUAGAGAAAGCCAUCGAGCUCAAUCCCAAAGAUGCCACUUCGUUACAUAUUUUGGGUUACUGGUGCUUUGCCUUUGCUGAGCUGCCUUGGUAUCAACGCAAGGUGGCGGCUGUCAUUUUUUCAUCACCACCUACGUCCACAUAUGAGGAGGCUUUGGAAUUCUUUUUGAAAGCUGAGGAAGUUGAUCCAAACUUCUAUAGUAAAAACCUGCUAAUGCUCGGGAAAACCUACCUGGGCAUGAAAGACAAACAGAAAGCACUGCUCUAUCUAACCAAAGCAAAAGAGUACCCCGCUCACACACUGGAAGACAAAGAGGUCCAUAAAGAGGCUGUUGACCUCUUGAAGAAACUAGGAUGAAGCUGUUAUUACCACUGACUGGAAGAUGAUGCCUUUAGGGACCUUUGGACUCUUAAAAAUUGCAAAAGAAUGCUCUGUUUUAAAAUCUUGAUUCUGUCAUUUCUGUAAUUAUUAAUACAAUAGAACCACAGUAUUUGUAAUCAUUCAGCUUUUAGUUCAAUUAAAACUAUACCAUGCAGCAUUUGAUAUUGCAGUAGUGGACAGGAUCUACAUCUCUGUAUUGAUUCAUGCCUGAAUUCCUCUUCCACUGACAUCUAGGUUAGGGGGGCUAAAUGCUGGGCUAAAUGUUUGAAAAUGUGAAUUUUGUCCCUUUUUUUUUUUAAUUCAGAUUUGUGUUCUGAUGGAGGAAACACAGUCAAGAGAAAUGUGGGACGGUGAAGCAUACAACAGAUAUUAUACUUUUGGAAAAAGUAUUUUAAACUUAGUUUGACUCCAAAAAAUGUAACCAAUUUCAUUACCAAAAUGUAUCUGCUUAUAUAUUAUUAUUUUUUUUUUCCCAGAUCAAAAAUAAUAAAAUACAUCUUGGCCACAAAUGCAUCUUCAGCUUAACUAUGAAUGCUGUUUUCCUCAGCAGCAUAAGGUGAACUGAGCCAGUUUCAUGAGACGCUGAUCAUGUCAUACUGACUGAACUAAAAGUAAACUCAACCAGCUGUAAACAUGGUCAGAUAUACAUUUAUUAAAUGUUUUUUUUUCCACAGGCAAGAUCCAAUCAAAACAAAGGAUAAACCAAGAACACGUUUUGUAUUUUUAAAUUUCAGAACAGAAAACAAUUGCCAACAGUUUUGUUGUGAAAGCUGAGCAGAAGGCCUCUCAUCCCCCGAUUAUGACUCAACAAAAAAAGAAAAGAAAGAAAGCAUGGUCAUGGAGGGGGGGCGGGGUUUAUUCACUUUUUGUUUUAUUUGUAUCUCAUAAAUCCAUCUCUCUUCAUUAAAAUGGGUCAAAGCAGAUAAAAAAA